UCGAGACUCGAGACUCGAGACUAUAUACCUACAAACUGGCAACGCCUCUAUAUACGUACGAAUCUACGUUCUUCUGCUUCAUAUUUGUAUUUUAGUUCUCGCCAGUUUCAACGUUAACUCCAUGCAUACAAGGUUUACUGAGUUUCUGCUAUUCUGCUGUUAUCUUUUUCACUUUGGGUCAAGUUUUGAGUGUCACAUCGUCAUUUUUUCGAAGUCAACCUUGCUAUAGCUUGUAUAUAAUGCUAAGCAGUUGGAUUAAGCAUACUUUGCACUGCUUUCUUUUAGUGACCGUUAUACUGCUCUUUGAAUUUGUAUCAGGUGGUUUGCACUGGGGACCAAGAGACCAGAGCCAACUCGAUCCAUGGCAUCAGUACGGCUUUGUGGGUACUCUUGUGCUUUAUCUCUUAAGAACUCUGACUUUUCUCUCCUUUCCUCAAGUUCUCUUCAAUUUCAUUGGACUUACCAUUUACAAUGCCUUCUUAACCAAAGUAGAUCUUAAGGGCUCACCUCUUCUUGCACCCUUUGUCUGCAUCAGGGUAGUGACUCGUGGUGAUUACCCCCAAUUAGUGAAAACGAAUGUAGACAGAAAUUUGAACAAGUGCAUUGAUGCAGGUCUAGAGAACUUUCAAAUAGAAGUAGUGAGUGAUAAGCCCAUUGGCUUGGCAGCACAUAGGAGGGUACGAGAAGUAGUGGUGCCUUCUACCUACCGAACAAGCAGUGGAGCUCUGUUUAAAGCCAGAGCCCUACAAUAUUGCUUAGAAAAUUCUGUCAAUGAGUUAGCUGAUCAUGAUUGGAUUGUUCACCUUGACGAAGAAACAUUACUUACUGAAAAUUCUAUUCGAGGAAUAUUAAAUUUUAUUCUUGAUGGAAAACACCAAUUUGGUCAAGGGUUAAUUACUUAUGGUAAUGAAGAUAUUAUAAGCUGGUUUACUACACUCGCUGACAGCUUUAGGGUAGCCGAUGAUAUGGGAAAACUUAGACUGCAGUUUACCAUGUUUCACAAGCCUCUUUUUAGUAUGAAAGGCUCAUAUGUAGUCACUCAGAUGGGUGCUGAAAGACAAGUGUCCUUUAAUAAUGGUCUGGAUGGAUCUGUUGCGGAGGAUUGUUUCUUUGCGAUGAAGGCAUUCUCUCUCGGCUAUACAUUCAACUUCAUUGAUGGCGAAAUGUGGGAAAAAUCACCUUUUAACUACUGGGACUUUGUGCAGCAGCGCAAGCGCUGGCUUCAAGGCAUUCUGCUUGUUGUACAUUCCAAAGCAAUACCGCUAAAAAAGAAGUUACUGCUAGGCAUAUCGUGUUAUUCAUGGGUCACAUUGCCCUUGUCUACGUCCAACAUUUUUCUCGCCUACUUUUGCCCCAUAACAUGUCCUCCACUUAUGGAUUUUUUUUGUGCUUUUAUCGGUGCUGUUAAUCUUUACAUGUACAUUUUUGGGGUUGUCAAAUCUUUUUCACCGUACCGAUUUGGAUAUCUCAAGUUUACAUGCUGUAUAUGCAGCGCAAUUCUUGUUAUACCAUUUAAUUUGUUCAUUGAAAAUGUAGCUGUUAUUUGGGGUUUGUUCGGCAAAAAGCAUAAAUUCUAUGUUGUGGAAAAGGAAUUAAAACCAGCAAUCACAGUCUGAUAUUUAGUUUACAAUACAAAGUUACUAAUUUUGCAGUGCAUAAGCCACUUAACUUAUAUUUUUCAUGAUACUGGUACACAAGGAGUACUUGUGAUGGUCAAAGAGUCAGGUUUAAUAUUUAUGCACUAAUAACAACUAGCAUUAUGCUGUAACUCAUCUUAAAACUAUGUAUUUAGCAUAUUGCUAAGUUCUGAUCCUACAACCUCAUUUUAAAACUCCUAGCGAUAUUAAAACACUAACAAAAAAUGAGUGAAAUCUCAAACAAGUGUUGAUUUCGGUCCAAAGCAUACCCUUACUCAUCCAUCUUCAAUGAAUUACUACAAUAUACAAUUAAAUUUACAAGGAUGUUAUCAUGUACAAAAUCAUUAAGUAAAAAAAAAAGUAUUUAAAAA